AUGGAUUGUGGCACCAGUAAGACCGCCUCAGACAAAAACGGGGAAGGCUUCCACCCUCUCCUGCUGGAAGUGGUUCGAGCACGGUCUGCCAGUAGCGAUCUACCAGCAGUAUGGGACUCUGAAACUGAGGGAAGCAAGGAAGCCAAGCAAGGCAACAUGUCACUGAAGGGAGACUCAAAAUCAGAGAGGAUUGUGAAGCUUGCAUCUGGUUGGGUACUCAAGGAAACACGCAAUGUAUGCAAGAAGACGCCUCAAGACGAAGAUGAAGAUGACCUGAUUCAAGAUAUCUUAAUUCAAAGAAACGCUACUGCUCUCGCUGAUAGGGAUACAGCCUUAGCACAAGUUGCUUUGACCAGGACAGCUAGUACCGGCAGUGCCUCUACAGGCUCGGUAUCACUUUCCGCCACAACUGUUGCCUCAGGCGGUCUUCGUUCUCAAGGGACCGGAGCAAGCAACAGUUCCUUAGGUCCAGGUGCCUAUGCAAGCUCUUUUGGUGCAGCUACCAGACUAUUGCUGCGUCCUCCCAUCUCGCGCGAAAACUCGCUGGCUGCCAUGAGCAUUCACGAUGACGAUGAUGAUGAUGACGACGACGAUGACUCCAGCACCUUGAGCUUCCGUGAGGAUAACAUGGACAUGGAUUUUUCUAGGUACACACACAAUGGUGACGCCAUGGAUUUGUCGAUGCAGGCUCCCAGUACUCCGUCUCUGGUCUUUCUUCCAGUAUCCGUAGCCACCAAUGGACACUUCAACGACGAGAGUACAAUGGAUCGUUCUCCUUCAGAGAGGCAGCUGGUCGAGGCAACACCCGUCCAUGAAGACGAAGAAGUUGGCAUGCCAGUGGCCCUUCCAGCCCAAGACCGAAUGACGAACGCCAAUGCCAGAAAGGAACGAAGCACGAAAGAUCUCAAAUACCUCUCACCCUUGUUUUUCUUGCUUGUGCUACUGCUAAUUGUCAUUUUGGCUCUCUUGCCUACCAUCAAAAGCAGCAGCAGUAACAGCAAGACCACCGAGACUGAAGCAUUGGGUGGUGAGCCAGGAGCUCUUGAACUAGUCCAUGAUCCUGAUCUACUGAGCCUCGAGCUUCCCGUCAAUUCGACGACGCUAUGGGAAAUCCAAAAUGACCCCGAGUCGCCUCCGGCUUUGGCCUACUCAUGGCUCCGGGCCGAUCCAAGCUUCCCCAGAAUCCACGCUUUCGAAAGAUCCAGCGAUUGGUGUUGGCAACUCUCUACUACACAUUGGAGGGAGACAAUUGGUGGAUCAACUUUGGAUGGACCGAGCAUGAAGAGCAUGAAUGUGAAUGGUUCAACAUGGCAAACCUUCCUCCUCUGUCGGCCGACAGCUGUGACGAACAGGAGAGACUAUACAAGCGCUCGUACUCGUACAAGAUGGGAUGAAAGGAACCAUUUCCAAAGAGAUUGGGCUACUGACAGACUUGCAACUGCUCAUCUUGGGCCGGUCCGAGUUGCGGGGAACCAUUCCGUCCGAACUUUGGAACCUUCCGCAGCUCCAGGCUCUGGCACUGCACUACAACGAACUGACCGGUACAAUCUCGCCAACCAUGAUGGAGUCUUUGGGAAAUCGUGGAAUCCAGUACUUGGGUCUUGCGGGUAA